CUACCUAAAACUUAAAAAAGCCUCAUUUUUCAUAAAUCAGGCAAAAAAGCUAAAUAAAUAAAAAGUUGCAAACAAAAACAAAAACUCUGAGAUUCAAACCUCCCUUUCUCUUACUUUCGUCUUCUCUCUCUCACUGACUCGGAAGAGGAAAAGUCUCUCUCAGUAAGGAAUCUACAAUACAAUCAAUGGCAGAGAAGGAGGAACCAGAGGAAGAAGAAGAAGCAAAAGAGCAACUAAAAUCAGAAGAAAUGGAGAAUGUGAAGAAGCUUUUGAGCUCCUACAUUGGGGUAAGCUUCAGCGUCUUCUUGGCAUUGGCUCCCAAGAAUUGGAUGCAGUUACAGAAGCAAGCGAGGGAGCUUAAGGAGAGGUUGGCGCAAGCGGAGGAUCAGUUGAGGUUGAUGAGUUCGAGGAGGAAGGAGGAUUCCAAGGCCAACGCCAGAGUGGUCGAGAUCUUCGCUAGUCACAGGAACGCCUGGCAAGCCGAGGAGAAGUGGUUCCUCCACCAGAUCGAUGCCGCCAAACAGGAAAUUGCUCAUCUCAACGCGAGGGUCACUGAGUUUGAGAAGUCCGAAGACAGUUCCAGGGACCGAAUGUAUCAAUUGGAGAAAGAGCUCGCCGAGAGGGAUGAGAUGAUCGGUUUCAUGUCGAGGCAUGGCGGGACUGAGUUUGGGGCCAAGGAGGGGGAAGAGGACGGGAGUUUUGGAGAUGGUAAUGGCAAUGGUCUGUACGAACAGUUUCAGCAUCGUUCUAGUGAGUUUGAUUCGGAGUAUCUUGCUUCGGCUUCCAAGCUUUCGACAGAAAGAGCCAUUCUCUGGCAGGAUGUACAGUAUGAAUCUGCCGAGUCAAUGUAUCCUAUGAAGCAUUUUGUUGCAAGGGAAUCUCCUUGGAAGGUGGAUGGAGAUUCAAGUGGGAUCUCCUCAAAGCUAAAAUUACUUGAACAAGAAUUACUGAAUUUGGAAAAAGUGGGAAAGAGUGAUGUAUUAAAGGCUCCAUCAUUGAUGAGGAAACAAGCAAAGAGAUAUCAAGCUCUUGCUGGGCAGAUAGAUGAGCUAUGCAGAACAAUGCAAGAUAGUGAUCCCAGUGACCCCACCGUUAGUCUAGAUUUCCGUACACAGAGGCAGACGGAGUUUCUGCUCGAGGCAUUUAGACUUCAGCAGCGUGCAUCUGAAACUGGGCAGAAGCUAAUGGCAUUGCAAACCGAGAUCGGGAAGAGCUACUAUGGAGAUGAGAUGGGAAGCUAUGCAAAUAUCACCACAAAACGGUCAUUGGAUUCCAUUGGAAACAACUUGAAGGAGAUCCAGAGGAAUUUAGAGAUAUGGUUGGCCAGAAUCAUUGGAGAUCUUAAAGGCAUUCUAUCCAGAGAUGGAGUGUCUCGUGUAAAGGAGUAUUUCGUUUCUGGAUAUCCCUUUGUUCAAUAGAAUCUGGGUACUGGUAUUCUCGUAUCUCAAUCCAUAUUAACUUUUUAUUUUCUUUGUUGUAUAUGUUCUGAUCUGAAGUCAUGCAUGCAAGUUGUGUUUAAAAUUUGCCAGUGGAAAUGAAUUAAUUCCACUUUUUGUUUAUGGGUAGGCAUUUGAAUGUAUUGGCUGAAUUUCAGAACGAAAUUUAUGAUUAGACCGAUCAUAGGUUCAGGAUC